AUGAACGUGCGAUUUUGGACAUGUGUCUUAAUUUUCGCGCCGAUUUGCUCGACCUACAAAAUACUAGUGGUAUCGCCAUUCCCGAGCAAAAGUCAUAGUAUUUUGGGCGAUGGUUACGUGAAUAUUUUACUUGAAGCCGGACACGAGAUAACGUAUGUUACUGGAUUCCAGAACAAUAUUUCCAAUCCAUUGCUUCAUCAAAUUGACGUGACAGAAAAUGAAAAAUAUUUUCCAUUUAACAAAAUGGACAUAAAAGUUAUAUUAAACAAAGAGGUGAAUGUCAACGACGCAUCACUCUUUCUGCCAAGUCUUGCAAACUUACAUAAAGAGACCUUAAAGAAUAAAGAAGUACGCAAAAUGCUGAAUGAUCCAGGUCAAAAGUUCGAUUUAGUUAUCGCCGAGUGGAUGUUUAGUGAAUUGUAUUCGGGAUUAUCCGCCGUUUUCGAGUGUCCUUUAAUUUGGUUCUCGUCUAUGGAACCACAUUUCAUGAUUUUAAGACUCAUAGGUGAACCAUCAAAUCCUGCGUACACGUCGUUCACAUUAUCGUAUAACACUGCACCGUUUACAUUUACGCAACGUGUUGAGGAAUUAUUUUUGCAAGCUGUUUCAUAUAUUUUGAGUGAUUGGAGCGUAUAUUACAAGAAUAAAGAAAAUUAUGAACACAUCUUUGGACCAGCGAUGGCUAAAAGAGGAAAACCAUUACCGCUGUAUGAAGAAAUCAGAUACAAUGCUUCCCUUAUCCUGGGAAACUCGCAUGCAUCUUUAGGUGAAGCGAUUGCCUUACCUCAAGGUUAUAAACCCAUCGCCGGCUAUCAUAUUAACUCCAACGUGAAACCUUUACCAAAGAACCUGCAAACCAUCAUGGAUAACGCAACAAACGGUGUUGUUUACUUCAGCUUGGGCACGAUUAUAAAAAGCAGGGACAUGCCGGAUCUAUUAAAGCAUCAGCUACUUAAAAUUUUCAGCAAUAUGAAGCAAACUGUAUUGUGGAAGUUUGAAGAAGACUUUCCUAACUUACCGAAGAAUGUUCACGUCUUGAAGUUUGCCCCUCAACAAAGUAUAUUGAGACAUCCAAACUGCUUGUUGUUCAUAACUCAUGGAGGUCUUCUUUCAACGACGGAAGCGGUCCAUUUCGCUGUUCCGAUUAUUGGCAUAUCAGUAUUCGGUGACCAGCACGUGAACGUUCAGAGAGCAGUAAAUAAGGGCUUCGCAAUGAAAGUUGAUCUGUCUUAUAACAUGGCGGAAGACUUAGACAGAGCUAUUAAGGAGAUGCUGGGCAAUCCUCGUUAUCGCAACAGGGUUAAGGAUUUGUCCUUCGCAUAUCAUCACCGACCGGCUACUCCACAAGCAGAAAUACUACAUUGGGUGGAGCACGUGGCAAUGACGAGAGGUGCUCCUCAUCUACGCUCACCAGCGUUGGCUGUGGCUUGGUACCAAAAAUUGUACCUGGAUCUCCUUGCACUUUUAUUAGCAGCGCUGUACCUGAUUCUCAUUAUCUUUAAAAAAAUCGUAUCACUAUAUUGGAGGGGCAAACGAUCUGAUAAGAAGAAAAUAAAC